AUGUUUAAGGCAAUUCCUCAUCAUCAGGGUUUGGUGAACCCAUUCGAAAUAAGUGAUGAGAAGAUUCUAGAGAAAGUUUACCAAACACAUUUCCAUUGUGUUGAAAAGUACGACCAUGGAUCGCUCUACCUUGUUGCUUCAAAUGUUAUCAAACAUUCAAUUGAAACUUCUGAAUUGAUUUUCAAGAAUGAGAAACAAAUUAAUCAAGAUAAAGAAGAAACGGCUCCAUCAAUAUCUUUCCCGCGACUCCCUCUCUUAAAGCGUAUUUCAUGCCAGAUGAUAUGUGUAGGUAGCGGUGAGAAAGAUGAAUAUGCAGAUGAAAUAACAAUAUUGAUACUGAAACAGUUGAGAUCUUACUCAUGGGAAGCAAAAGCAGCGAUAUCUCUAGCCGCAUUUGCGUUAGAGUUUGGAAAGUUCUGGCACCUAGCGUUGCCGCCACGUGGCGACGAACUCGGAAAAUGGUUGGCGGAGUUGAAUGGGAUUGAAAACUUGAGUGAGAACAAGGAGCAGCUGAGUAGGUUCAAUGGAUUGAUGAAGAAGGUGAUGGAAGUGAUCGAUGAGUGCAUGACCAACAAUAAUGAAGAGUACAACAUUGAGGAUGUUCCUGCCUUGGCGGAAACAUUGCAUCACAUCCCUGUUCUUGUUUAUUGGGCAAUCAUCACCCUUGUCACCUCUGCCACCCACAUUCAUUCCUUCACUCAUAAGGGUUAUAAGUAUGAAUUAUCCAAAUUUGAUGAAAAGAUUGACUCCAUUCUCAAAAAUUUCAGGGAACUCCGGGAGAAGUGCAAAAUGCAAAUAGGAGCAAUAGAAGAUUACAAAAGGCGCAAGGAUAUUGUCAGUAGUGCCAUUGAAACUACUACUAAUAAGGAUAUUGAUAUUGUAAAUUUUCUGGAUGCUCUUAUUAUUCCUAAUAAUGGAAGCCAAGAUCAAAAACUAGUUGUCUAUGAUGGAAUUAGCAAAGAACAGCAGAUUGGCGUUCAAGAUUUUAAGAAUAAGUAUGUAUUAUUGUUCAUUUCAAGUAUUGAUGACAACUUUGAAGGUGAGAUUCAACUACUAAAAUCAAUGAAUGAGAAACUAAAGCAAGAUCCAAAAGAGAUACAAGGCUACAAGAAAGAGGACUUGAAGAUUUUAUGGAUUCAAUCAGUGGAUGAGGGUGAUGGAGAUGAGAAACCAAGCAAAGCAUCAUUGGAGAAUCUUGAGAAAGGGUGGUAUGUGGUAAAGGAAUUUAAGUUCAAAACAGGUAUAAGGUUGAUGAGAGAAGUUUUCAACUACAAGGACAAGGCAAUUAUAAUGCUCAUAGGCCCUCAAGGCAAAGUAGAGAACCAUGAUGCAAAGCACACAAUUUCUACAUGGGGAAUUGAUGGAUUCCCAUUUAGAGCUUCUGAUCACAUUCGUCUUACAAAGCAAUGGGACUGGUUUUGGAACGUACUCACCGAUCUCAGUCCAUCAAUAAGGGAAUUGAUAGAGAAGGGCUGCUACCUGUUCAUCUAUGGUAGUACCAACAAUAAGUGGAUCCAAGAUUUCACUACAGCUUUGGAGAACUUGAAUGAAAGCAUGAAAUCAUCAGAAACCACAUCAAUUGAGUGGUAUCAAUUUGGAAGGGAAAGCCCAAAGAUUAUACCAUGCUUCUGGAUCGCCAUAGACAACUUACUACUCUCCACCAAGAAACAGAAGAAGAAUGAAGAACAAGAAGAAGAGAACUCUGUAACAAGAGAGAUACAGAAGCUGCUGUUACUUAAACAAGACCCAAACGGAUGGGUAGUUCUGAGUAAAGGGCGUCAGGUGAAGCUUCUUGGUGAAGGUGAAGCUAUGCUUUACACAGUGAAAGCUUUUGAUGCUUGGAAGAAGGGAAGAUUGUAUAAAGAAGUAAGCUUUGAUUCUGGUUUUAAACAUCAUUAUGAGCAUGAGAGAAGCAAGCGUAAACAGAAAUGUGCACAUAGAGAAUUUGCUAAUUAUCCCACAGAUAUUUUAGCUCAAAUUCCAUGCCCUGUUAAGUGUGGACAUGAAAUGGAGGUAACUUCUGUUAACUAUAAGUGUUGUCAUGGACUUGAAUCUAGCCAUCAUGUUUAAACUUUUUUGUUUACACUUGUAAUCAUCUUUGUUAACUAUAA